GCGUACAUCCUUCUUUAUAUAUAUAUAUACAUAUAUAUAUAUAUAUAUAUAUAUAUAUAUAUCAUUUUAACACCACCUCCGACGCGGAAUGAGAGAGCACCGAGGAGUCUGGAGACACGGCGCCCGGGUUGGGCGCAUCCCGAAGCGGGCAGCGGACGCCUGAACGACCGGCUGGCCGAUUCCGGAGCCGAUACACGGGGAGUUGCGUUCUGUGUUUCCGCCGGGAACGCUUGCACGUGAAUGCCGUGCAGUGUGAAUUUUGCAGCCUGUUGAGGAUGAGGACGAGGAUGACGAGCAGGAUGAUGAUGAUGAUGAAGAUGAUGGGGUCGGAGCGAAGCGUGGUGACAACGCGUCCCCUGGUCGUCCUCAGCUGAAGUGGGCCAGCACAUUGUUCCACGGGCCACGCGAUCAACCGCAGAUUUUGAAUUUAUUACCGGAUGGCACCGGGGUGGAUCAGAACGACUACCGAUGGAAGAUUGCACAGAAGAAAUGGAUAAAACUGUUGCAUGAGGCUGCACUGAGUGAGUGAGUGUGUGAAUGUUUGUAUGCGUGUAUGCGUGUGUGUGUGUGGGGGGGGGUGAGUGUGUGUGCGUGGAUGUGCGUGAGUGUGUGCUGAGGCCUACUUGAUGACUGAAGUUGAGCCCACCACAAAAAAAAAAAAAAGCAACAUGAAAAAUGGAGAUUUGGUACGAGCAACAAGAAGGAGCCUUGGCGGAUCUGAGCAGUCCAUCUGAACUGUAACACAACUUUUUUUUUUCCGCCCCCACCCGAGGAAACAAGAAGAAGACUGCUGCUUUGAUUGAAGAUCUCCAAUUAAGUUCAUGUGAAAAAAAAAAAAAAACCAAGAGGGAGGAAAUCAACUUCCUGGCCUCCCGGGGUGGGGUGGUGAGAUAGAAAAAAGAAAAUCAUUAUUCAUGCCUCUUUUUAGAGCAAUUGCAGAACUGACUUGGUCCGGGCCCAGAUGACAUACGUCUAUUUAUAUAUUUAAGCCGAGCGCAUGGACAUUUUGUUUCACUGAAAAAAAAAAAAAAAAAGUGAGCGGAUGACAGUGGUGGCCCUCAAAGUAAAAAUCACUUGCACACACACACACACAAAAAAAGAAGGAGAGGAGAAAAAAGGCUGAAGUGGGCUGAAGCAUGGGCUGUGCUUCAAGUAUUCAUAUCUCUGAUAGGGUGGUCUACCACGGUGAAAAAGAGUCCGAGGAUUCCCACUCGCCCCAGCAGACCAACGCCACUCAGCAUCAAGGAAAUCCUGUCUCGGGACUACCCCUCAAACCUCUGAGCUGCAAGACCACAUUAACAGAGGUGCAAUUUGGACCAAUGAAGUUAUUUAAAGACCCACUUCAGGUACUUUUAGUUUUUGCCAAAGAGGACAGUCAGAGUAAUGGCUUCUGCUGGGCUUGCGAGAAGGCCAACUACAGGUGCAGCACGGCACGGACGCCCGAGUCGGCCCUCGAGUGCUUCGCCGAGAAGCUUCACGACCUCGUCAUCGUUGACCACAGACAUUCCAGACACUUUGACGCUGAAGCACUAUGCCGGUCAAUGAGAGCGGUCAGCUCUUCGGAAAACACUGUGAUAGUCGCCGUUGUGAAGAGGCCAGACAGGGAGGAAGCCUCUGUGAUGCCUCUGAUCAACGCUGGCUUUAAUAGGAGAUAUGUGGAGAAUGCCAACAUGAUGGCCUGCUAUAAUGAGCUACUGCAGCUGGAGCAUGGAGAGGUGCUCGCACAGUUCAAGCUGAGGGCUGGGAAUGCUAUUUUCACAGCUCUAGAACAAAGCCAAGAGGCCAUAGAGAUCACUUCUGAAGAGCAAGUCAUUCAGUACGUGAAUCCUGCCUACGAGUCCGUUAUGGGCUACCAACAAGGUGAGCUCAUCGGGAAGGAAAUUAUUGAAGUGCCUAAAAGUGAGAAGAAUAAGCCGGAUCUCCUCGAAACCAUCAACUCCUGCAUCCGGAAAGGGAAGGAGUGGCAGGGGAUUUAUUAUGCCAAAAAGAAGAACGGAGACAGCAUCCAGCAAAAUGUGAAGAUUACACCUGUGAUUGGGCAGGGAGGAAAAAUAAGGCACUACGUGUCUAUUAACAGGCCUUUAAACGAUAAUAAUAAGACGGAUAAAUCGAGCGAACGAGUGCAAGCAGAGUCGCAAACAGACAUCCAAUCCAGCAAGCACAAAGACCGGAGGAAAGGCUCUCUGGAUGUGAGAUCCACAACGUCUCGGGGGAGCGACGGGAGCUCACAGCGAAGGCACUCCUCGAUGGCCCGAAUCCACUCCAUGACGAUCGAGGCUCCAAUCACUAAGGUUAUAAAUAUUAUCAAUGCAGCACAGGAGAGCAGUCCCAUGCCUGUGGCAGAGGCCUUAGACCGGGUACUUGAGAUCCUAAGGACCACGGAGCUCUACUCUCCACAGCUGGGCACCAAGGACGAAGACCCCCACACGAAUGACCUUGUUGGAGGACUGAUGACGGAUGGUUUACGAAGACUGUCGGGAAAUGAAUACAUCUUUUCCACAAAACAGCCCCAUCACAUCCCCAGUCACCUGGCCACUCCUCUUUCCCUCAAUGACAUCCCCCCUCGCAUAGCUCAGACCAUGGAGAGUGAGGACUCUUGGGACUUUGACAUUUUCAACUUAGAAGCCGCCACCCUGAAACGGCCUUUGACCUUCUUGGGUUUAAAGAUAUUUUCUCGCUUUGGGGUUUGCGAGUACCUCAACUGCCCCGAGGCCACUUUGCGCUCCUGGCUGCAAGUGAUUGAGGCCAACUACCACUCCAGCAACUCUUACCACAACUCUUCCCACGCGGCUGAUGUCCUCCAUGCCACCGCAUAUUUCCUGUGCAAGGAGAGGGUGAAGCAAAGCUUGGACCCCAUCGACGAAGUGGCCGCCUUGAUCGCUGCCACCGUGCACGACGUGGACCACCCGGGCCGCACCAACAGCUUCCUGUGCAACGCGGGGAGCGAACUGGCCAUCCUGUACAACGACACCGCUGUGCUGGAGAGCCACCACGCGGCGCUCGCCUUCCAGAUCACAACCCGUGAUGAUAAGUGCAACAUCUUUAAGAACAUUGAAAGGAACGAGUAUCGAACGCUGCGGCAGGCCAUCAUCGACAUGGUGCUCGCCACCGAGAUGACCAAACACUUUGAACACGUCAACAAAUUUGUCAACAGCAUCAACAAGCCGCUGGCCGCUCUGGAGGAGAACGGGGGAAAUAACGACGAGGAGUCUGUGAAAAGCAUCCUGACGUCCCCCGAGAAUCGUAUCCUCGUCAAGCGAAUGCUGAUCAAGUGUGCCGACAUCUCCAACCCGUGCAGGCCUCUGGAGCUCUGCAUAGAAUGGGCCGGUCGCAUUUCGGAGGAGUAUUUCGCACAGACGGACGAGGAGAAGAGGCAAGGCCUUCCAGUGGUCAUGCCGGUCUUUGACAGAAACACAUGUAGCAUCCCGAAGUCACAGAUUUCUUUUAUAGACUACUUCAUCACGGACAUGUUUGAUGCUUGGGAUGCUUUCGCAGACCUCCCCAAUCUUAUGCAGCACUUGGACAACAACUUCAAGUACUGGAAAGGCCUGGACGAGCGAAAGCUGCACAGCCUGCGACCGCCUCCGGAGUAGCCGCCGCACUCCUCCCGCUCGUGUUGCGUGCGCGCAUGACGGGGGAACGCGGUCCUCGACAUUGACGCUCUGACCAGGCAGCUGCAGCACUAAUAUUAUACAAGUUUGGCCGAGGAGGAUUGUGGCGUUGGGUGUGUGGGGGUGGUGGAACUGAGGUGGACCCACGACAGACCCCUGUGGAACUUCUCAUGGCUUGUGUAGCUUGAGAAAGGGGGUAGGGACAGGUCUCGUGAAUAAGCUUCAAUCCCGAACGUCCCGCACGCGGGCUGUGAAGCUGAACUUGCCGUUUGAGGCCAAACUGCUCGUUGACUGAAAGGAGCCGGCAACACCGGGGGAGGGAACGGAAACGUGGUGCCAAUAUACGAAGGCGUCCCAUGUCCGGUCAGGUCGUACGAUUGCCUUCGCGCUCCCUCCGUCCUCGUUCAUUCAGCAAGGCAGGACUGCUCCUUCUGCCUCCGGAGGCGGAAAUAUGAAGCGACACCCCCCACCCCGCCCUCUUAAUUUUUGCCCAUGUAUUUCCAGGUGUCCACAUCAAAGUGGCAUACAGCAACUUGCACCCUGGGAGGGGGAAGGGGGGGGGGAUCUUGCCCUGGACGUAAAGCCUCACAGUUGCGAUCGUCGAUGAACAAUUACCUUAUUCUGAACGCUCUCUUAUUUAGACUUACAAUAUUUUCCAUAUGAAAUAUCCUAAUUGAACUUGUUGGCGAACGCGAAAACGAAGAGAGGAAAAAAAAAGAAGCCAAAGUUAACGAAUUCAGAUACUACUAUAACUCUCACUAUUAUUCAUACGAAGCAUUACCAUAUUAAACCUAUUUUUUUCUUCUUAUCAAAAGUACAGUACCAGUUCAAGACUUUUUUUUUUUUUUUUUUUUGUAUCGCACUGCAAACCAUAUUAGAAACGUCUUGUCUCGGUGUCCGGGGAUCGGGUUUGUUGCGUCGGAGAAUAAGCUGCCGUUGUUGAUCAUCAGGAAUCGUCGCGUUGACGCACGCAACAAUCAGCGGAUUUCUUGCUCUCGCGCCGUCAACCGCUUGACGUUUGACAACAGCAGAAAUAUGUGAAGAAAAAAAAAACAUUUAGGACUUGAAUUUUUUUUUCUCUCGCUCUCUCUCUGAAUUUUUUUGUAUCUGGUUUAUCCUACUGAAAAGACUGCCUUAUUUUAUACAAUAUUUAUACAGUACAUCCCACUGUGCAACUGCAAAGAGACAUCUGGAGUUUUUAUUCUCACAUAGUCAGGUUGUGUUCAAAUAAAUCUCAAUAUUUUUAUAGACUUUUACACUGGAUUUGCAGCAAACGACGUCAAAACAUUCGAGCGAUCUGGAUCCCUGUGAGUUCGGUGGUCACGCGGGAUGGUUUCAAGAAGGAAGAUGCGCGUCGUGGAAUUUGUCUAUCACUGUUUUGGAGGCCGAAUUCAAUUCAUUUCGAUCUAAAAACGUUCAAUUUCGUCCACUUGUCCAACUUCCUUCUGCGCAGCCCCCCGGGAGCAGAUUUGUCUUCAAGGUUGCUUUCAGAUUGGUUACUAAUAAUACAUGUCAAAAAGGCUGAUGAUGACGAUGAUGAUGAAGUAUAUUUCCUUGUUCAACACUUAUAUAAAUGCCAUAGACAAAAUAAGUUUGUCGGACGAAUGCAGUUACUUUGUAUGUUAGUUUGUCGCCGAUGACACAACUGUAACACGCGAUCAGGAGACUUGUUUCUUCCUCCUGAUUCACAUCUUGGUCUUGAGGGCACGGAGGAAAAAAAAAAAAAGAAAAAAUAGAAACAAUUGAAUGAAAAAUAAAAAGAAACUACUCAACGUCUGCGCCUGGAAAUCAUGUUACCGCCUCUUUCGGUUAUCAUUUGCCGGAAGUUAUUUCUGUCACAGCAAACUUUUUUUUUUUUUUUUGUCAGUAGGCAAACCUCAAAUUUUCCACGCUGAGACGCACGGGCACAAGUGUUUCGUUUGUGAUGCAGACUUUUAAGUGCCGAAUGUUGAUCACCGGAUCGCCGAUGACGAUGGAUGGAAUGUCUCGCUGCACAGCUGCAGCUGGUCAACCGACUGCGUCAGAGUUAAAUUAAGUAUGAUUAGUCGUUAAUGUAAAAAUGCCCCCGGUAGAAACUCCUGCGGCCUGGCGGGUAAUUUGCUGUCUUAAUGUAAUAGUUGAGAAUGGAUUUUCAAAUUAAAUCUGUUUUCUCCGAAUUUAUAUUCCUCUCAUGGAAUUGCGUUGAGACGUUCUAGAAAGGGGCGGAACGGUGGAUCAGCUGGAAAAGCGUUGGCCUCACAGUUCUGAGGACCUGGGUUUGAGUUUGCAUGUUCUCCCCGUGCCUUGCGUGGGUUUUCUCCUCGCACUCCGGUUUUCUACCACAUCCCAAAAACAUGCAACAUUAAUUGGACACUCCAAAUAGGUGUGAUUGUGAGUGCGGCUGUUUGUCUAUAUGUGCCCUGUGAUUGGCUGGCAACCAAUUCGGGGUGUACCCUGCCUCCUGCCCGCUGACAACAUGGAUAGGCUCCAGCACUCCCCACCACCCUUGUGAGGAUAACUGACAGAGAAAAUGGAUGGAUGGCAUUGUAGAAAUCUGAAUAUUUGCACUAAAAAACUCUGGAAGUACUGUGGGAAAAGAAAAUCAACCCAUUUUUGGCCUAUAACCUGUACAACUCCAAUGGGGGGAAAUCAAGGGUAGAAGAAGAAACAAAAGAGUUGGGUUGCGCAAGUUUGCACACCCUUUCACUGAGGAGUGAAUUUAAACUUGUUAAAUGGUAGUCAGCACCUACUUACUGGAUCAUAAUUCACAUUGUGGAAAUGGUCACUGUUGCUCAUGUCCGAAGCCUUUGUUUCCUAAAGGAAAGAUAAAACUAUUGAUGUUAUCCAUUUUCUUUGCCGCUUAUCCUCACAAGGGCUGCAAGGAGUGCUGGAGCCUAUCCUAGCUGUCACUGGGCAGGAGGCGGGGUACACCCUGAACUGGUUGCCAGCCAAUCGCAGGGCAGAUAGAGACAAACAGUCGCACUCACAAUCACACCGAGGGGCAAUUUAGAGUGUCCAAUUAAUGUCACAUGUUUUUGGGAUACGGGAGGAAACCGUAGUGCCUGGAGAAAGCCCAUGCACGUACGGGGAGAACAUGCAAACUCCACACAGUCGGGUCCGGGAUCAAACCCGGGUCCUCAGAACUGUGAGGCCAACGCUUUUCCAGCCGUACCGCCCCAUUGAUGUUAUAUGAAUGGCAAUUCCAAUGAAAUUUGCAUGUUUUGUAAACCUAGUAAAAACAAUACAAUAAUUUGCAAAUCCUUUUUAGUGUAUAUUCAGAUGAAGACAAUAUGGUGACAAGAUUUUUAAUGUUGAAACACGAUGGCGGUCCCUUUAAUAAUUACAGUGCACCGUAAUAGCAUAAGCCAGCCACAUAUUCUGGGUUGAGUGUGUUUGAGAAAAUAAUUACAAAUAAAUGGAUGAGUCUCCGUCUAUGUUGUAACAUGUUACUGACCAGUACUUAAAUUGUUUUUUUUUGGGGUGCGGGAGGGGGUGGCUAUGCAUCAUGCCGUUUUUGCCACACAUUUGUGAUUUGGAACUUGCUGUUUCACCAAUUGUCAGGUUGUUGUUGUUUUUUUAGAUCUAUCCUCCAUCAUUACCAACUUCAGUCUUGUCUCACAUAAAAUUAUUGUUUUGGUGCCAUCUUGGGGCCUAUGAACUAUGUUGAAGUGAUGUGAGGAGCUUCAUUAGCGAUGCUUUGCUGCCAUCUUGUGGUAUCUGUGUCUUUUAAAACUUUACAGGGGCAGUGAUUCACAGAUUUUUUUUUCUCCAUUCUAUAAAUCUUUCCCAAUCUCGAAGACUGCAACAUACUGUAUGUAUGAAUAUGUUUAAACACAAAGUGUUUGUAUGUGCAAAAAAUUGGAAUAUCAAGCAAAAGUCAAUUUAUUUCAAUAAUUUGUUUCAAAAAGUGAAACUCGUGUAAUAGUUCACCACACACAAAGUACAACACUUCGAGCCCUUAUUUGUUUCCGCUUUGAUGAUUCUGGCAGAAAGAAAAAAAUAACAAAAAAAAUUCAGUCUUUUGCGAAAUUGGAAUAUCACAACAAAGUUGAAAUUUAUAUUCUCCCUGUUUCCAGAUUUUGUCAGAUAAUUAUCGCAAAACACCUGCAGAGGUUUCCUGC